GGGGCCGCGCGACGCCGCUGCCCUGGUGACAGCCCCCUCUGCGCCGGCCGCAGGCCAUCGGUUGUUGGGCCCAGCUCCCCUUGUGGCCUUCGGCCGAGCUGCAGGGCCCCGCCCGCACCCCGCUUCCCACAGCUGGUAGGCCUGCUGCUCAUCGGAGUGGCCGCGUGGGGGACCGGCCUGGGCCUGGUGUCCAGCAUCCGCAUCAUCGGAGGGGUCAUCGCCGUGGGCGUCUUCCUUCUCCUCAUCGCCGUGGCCGGGCUGGUGGGAGCCGUCAACCACCACCAAGUGCUGCUCUUCUUUUACAUGAUCAUCCUCGGCUUGGUCUUCGUUUUCCAGUUUGGGAUCUCCUGCUCCUGUCUGGCUAUUAACCGAAGCAAGCAGGCAGACGUCAUCAAUGCUUCCUGGUGGGUCAUGAGCAACAAGACCCGGCACGAUCUGGAGCGAAGCCUCGACUGCUGCGGCCUGUUCAACCUCACCACCUUGUACCAACAAGAGCUGCCCUCCUGUGCCGCCAGCUGCAUGAAGGGGAACACCUGCCAGUUAUGUGGAGAAAAGUUUCUCAAGCAUUCGGACGAAGCCCUGAAAAUCCUGGGGGGUGUCGGACUCUUCUUCAGCUUCACAGAGAUCCUGGGCGUCUGGCUAGCAGUGAGAUUCCGGAAUCAGAAGGAUCCCCGGGCCAACCCCAGUGCCUUCCUAUGAGACUCUGGACUGUCCGACCGCUCCCCUAGGCCUUUUCUUCCCUUGGGGAAAACCCUGGGUCUUGAACCCUGUCUGAGGAAAAGGAAAAGGCCCUUUGCCAGAGGCCCUGAAGGUGACCAAGGAGCCAGGCUUCACGCCUCGGCACGUGUCUGGGAACAAGCCCACAGGAGCACGGGAAGCCUCCCUUCUCCCCUCCGUGGGUGGGAGCACCCGAGAUGGGGUGAGGGCGGGCAGCGUUCCCAGCUGUCUCCGCUCCCCUCCGUCCUCCUGGGCCAGCUGGACACACCCUGGCUCGCUCCAGGGGUAGGCGGGGCCAGGGAGCAAGCCACGAGGAGCUCUGGUACGAGCAGGGCCCAGUUUGGGGAAGUUCAGCGAAUAUAAAAUAAAAGCCAUUUUAACUCCACAGUCAAA